AUGGCUCGCUUGUUACUAGCCAGAGGAAUUGCUAACUGCCCGCAAAUAAGUGGUUUCGUAAGCCUGUUGAUCUUCUUCGCAAUGUCUGCGAUGGUUCAAUAUCAACUUCUCUGCGUCGGCCCAUCAACGCAAUUGCGUGUCAACAUUGUCCCCUACAUGUCUCCUAGUAGUAGAUAUGCGACUAUGCUUUGCUCAAUGACACGUAUCUUUCUUGAAUGGAACGGUAUCAGCAGACCCCUCCCGACUUUGGCUGCAGAUAUGCGAGCGGGAUGGAGACGAGGUGCGGGGAAGUAUGUUAGGACUCCGCCAUAUGUGAAAUCGGGGGUUAAGCUUGAUGUGAGGCAAAUUAGGAAGAUGAAGGCGAAGGAUCGGAGAACGAGGCUUUAUAGCAGACGAAGGGUCUUAUUGAAUGAUAGAAUGCAGAUUCACACAAAAAUCCAAGUGCAGAUGCAGUCUAUACGUGGAAUUGGCUGCUCAGAGUCAAAUCGACCAGGACUAGGUCUUCCGUUCGUUCAUCCUGAGUAUUAUCUGACAUCCAAUAGAGUAAGAGAACAGAAGCUCGUACUAGUCCAAGAGGGUAGGGGGGUGAUGAAUAACCAAGACGCAUAUGUCGCUCCAGAUCCAGAAAGGCGAGGAUGCAAAAAUGAGAGAAAGAAGGAAAUUUAUAAUGUGAGAAAUCGCAUGGCUGCUUGGCGGUGUGCUUCCUGGAGGGGUAUCUGUGAGAGAUCGCGUAAGGGUAGGAUGCUUCGCAAUGCCUUGAAGCAAAGAAGUGAAGACGAUGGGACUUCUCUAGACUGA